ACAUGAUAAAAAUAAAUAAAACUUUUAAUUUAUCUUCAACUCUGAUAGUAUUUGCAGGAAUGGCUUCUAGAUUUUCAAAUACAAAGCAGAUUCUUAGAAAUCUCACACGGUCAAGAUCAUGCAAUCAAAGAAAAGCCUCAACAGUAACCCAGCCUAUAGACAAGAUACUGAUUGCUAAUCGUGGAGAAAUAGCAUGUCGUGUCAUACGAACAGCAAAGAAUCUUGGAAUAAGAAGUGUAGCUGUUUACAGUGAGGCAGAUAGCGAGUCUAUGCAUGUUGCUAUGGCCGAUGAAGCUUAUUUGAUUGGUCCUCCACCAGCCAAUCAGAGUUACCUGUGUCAAGAUAAAAUAAUGCAAGUUGCUAAACACUCAGGAGCAAAGGCUGUUCACCCAGGAUAUGGUUUUCUGUCUGAAAAUACAGAAUUUGCAGAAUUAUGUGAGAAAGAAAACAUAAUUUUUAUUGGACCACCUGCUUCAGCAAUUAGAGAUAUGGGUAUAAAAAGUACAUCUAAGGCUAUCAUGGCUUCGGCUGGGGUACCUAUUAUUGAAGGUUACCAUGGUGAAGACCAAUCAGAUGAGAGAUUAAGAAAAGAAGCAGAUAAAAUUGGUUUUCCUGUCAUGAUUAAAGCUGUGAGAGGUGGUGGAGGAAAGGGUAUGAGAAUAGCACUAACUAAAAAAGAAUUUGAUACACAAUUAGAAUCAGCUAAAACUGAAGCCAUGAAAUCCUUUGGUGAUCAGAUCAUGUUAUUAGAAAAAUAUGUUGAAACUCCGAGACAUGUUGAAGUUCAAGUAUUUGGUGAUCGUCAUAGUAACUAUGUCUAUCUAUUUGAGAGAGAUUGUAGUGUACAAAGAAGACAUCAGAAAGUUAUAGAAGAAGCUCCAGCACCUGGUUUAAGUGAAGAAGUAAGAAAGUCUAUAGGUGAAGCUGCUGUUAGAGCAGCUGAAGCUGUUAAUUAUGUUGGUGCAGGCACUGUAGAAUUUAUAAUGGAUAAGAACCAGAAAUUUUAUUUUAUGGAGAUGAAUACAAGACUACAGGUAGAGCAUCCAGUCACUGAAAUGAUCACUGGUACAGAUCUAGUAGAAUGGCAGAUUAGGGUGGCCAGUGGAGAAAGAAUUCCCAAGACUCAAAAGGAAUUAAAGUUCAAAGGUCAUGCUUUUGAAGCUAGAAUCUAUGCUGAAGAUCCUAACAGUAAUUUUAUGCCUGGGGCUGGUCCCUUAUUACAUCUUAGCACACCAACACCCACCGAUAGUAUUAGAAUUGAAACUGGAGUUAGGCAAGGUGAUGAAGUAUCUGUACACUAUGAUCCUAUGAUAGCUAAAUUAGUUGUAUGGUCAGAAGAUAGGCAAUCAGCCUUACAAAGAACAAUAGCGGCUUUAAAUCAGUAUCAGGUUGUUGGUCUUAGUACUAAUAUACAGUUUUUAGUAGAUUUAGCCAAACACCCAGAAUUCCAAGCAGGAAAUGUAAAUACAGACUUUAUUCCACAGUAUUCAGAUGAACUCUUCCCUAGUCGACCUUUAACCAAUCAAAACUUAUGUCAGGCUGCUCUGGUUCUGAUAUUAUGGAAACAGCGUUCUUUAUAUACAAAGAAUAUUGAUUCUUUAGAUCCAUAUUCACCAUUUUCUUGGUUGUCUGGAACAAGAAUUAACGAAGAUAGAAAACAACAGGUCACAUUAUUUGAUGGAGAUCAAGAAGUAAAGGUAGAUGUAAUACAGUAUCGUGAUGGUAGUUAUGAUAUGACCACAUCAGAUGGUAUACAACAUCAAGUUACUGGUGAUAUAGAUGGUGAUGGUGAUCAACUUAAAUCAACAUGUUUUAUUGAUGGUAUCAAAACUACAUCAUCAGUCGUUGUUAAUGGAAAUUCUCUACAUUUAUUCUCUGGGGAUGGAAGUUAUGAGCUUAAAUUACCAGUACCAAAGUACAUGAAGUCAUCUGUAGCUUCGGGUGCUGCAGGUGAUGCUGUAGCACCAAUGCCAGGUGUUAUAGAACGUGUGGUUGUAACAGAGGGCAGUACUGUAGAACAAGGAGAUUCACUAGUUAUUAUGAUAGCAAUGAAAAUGGAAUAUGUAAUUAAAGCUCCAAAGGCUGGUGUUGUUGAGAAGAUAGUUCAUCAGGUUGGAGAAACAGUAGCAAAGGGAACAUUAUUGAUACAUAUGAAGGAAGACUAGUCAACUGUGAUGUUAUAUUAUAAAACUAACAAACUACUUUGAGAUCAAAACACAUCUACCGUAGUUGGAUACAAGUGGAGCAAUAAUCAUGUCCAGUGUCCUUGUUUUGUAGUCUCUGUCACCCAGAAAAAUAUUCUACAAAUAUUAGUCUGGAUGUGUUGUCAACAUUUGAGAAUAAUAGGUCAUUAGCUAGAUUAUCGGUCUUUUACAUUAACAAAGUCUAUGUCGACGCCCAUGAAAUAAUUUAAGCGUGCAAUUUCAGAUUAUUCAGAAAAUCUAUUUGAUUUCAUUGCCAGAUCAAUAUCCAACAUUCUUAUUUUUUUUUACUGUAAAUUUCUCUUGUCAUGGGCCAUAUCUAUGUUCUAAUUCGUUGUCACGAUUCAUGUUUGUUUAUAAUAAUGCAAAAAUUAUGGGAUUUAUUGCAGGAAGAGCUGCAACUCUUACUUGACUUGGCCAAGGAUACUCAAUAAUCAACCACAUAAAAAACCAAACUCCCGGAUAUGCAUGGGCAAUGGAACUUUCUGUCAAAUAUUGACAACGCUCCCAGACCCUCCGUACGUUGAAAACUAGGAGGUUCUGAGUGACCGAGACUACUUGUUUUGUUGUGAUUACUUGAUUGAGGUGAAAUUAUAUUGGCUCUCUUCAGUCAGUAUUACCUGUAUGAUAUUAGAGAAAAACUAAUGGCAUCCGUUUUGCACAUAAAUAUGGAGAUGCAUGAUAUUUCAACAAAAACUAUAUAGUUUUGCAUUUAAGAUGAUGCCGUUUAUUAUUAAAAUUGUUAAUAUAGAUGACCAUAUUAAAUAGUAAUUAUUAUUAGUAGAGUGUACAAAUGUGUAUAUAUUAAUAAACAUAGGUAAAACAAUU